CAGGAUAAACGUAAAAUCGUUUCGUCGAGUCGAAUCUUCUACGCGUAAAUGACAAUAUGAAUUAAAUUCGAUAGAUUGGUAUUACAUAACCUAACGAUUGGCAUUAUCAAUAUAAUCUACUUUACUGAUAAACAAAUUGACUUCACAUUAUAAUCAUUAUCUUAACAAGCCAAAUAAUAUGGAUGAUCUACAGAAAAAAAUUCAAAUGUAUCUUAUGAAAGAGAACCAAGGAAAUGAGGAAUUAAUAUUUCUUACAGCUCGUACAACCAUAGAGAAUACGAUUAAAAUUAAUAAUUUGUGCAAAUCUAUAUCAGAAAUUAUUCUUUCAUUUGAUCUUGUAUCUGAAGACAUCAAAUUAAUCCUAAAUCCAAAAUGUGUAAGUGCAUUCAAAUAUUUAAUGUUAAAUACAAAUUUUACAGUACAAAAGCGUUUAGGAGAGGAUAUGGCACAUGGACAUUUGGUAGACAUGUGUCCAACUUUGUCACCAUAUUUAUUUAUACAAAUUCUAUGGAAUUUGGAAUAUGAAGAUAUUUUGGCCGAAUCUAUUGUUCAUUUACCAUUAGAUUUGUGUAUUGAAAUAAUUGACAUUAUCAGAAGAACUGUUGAAGAACUUGAAUUUGAUCGAGCAAUAAAUGUCAUAUUUCAAUUAAUAAUAAAUGUUUAUAAGAAAUUUAUUUUGAUUGCAAACAAUGGUAGUCAAUCGUCGAAUAUCAUACAAAAUGUUAAAAAUAUGACUGCAUAUUUUCAAGAAUUAAUAUUAUUAUUGAACGAUGAAAAGAUUAUUCGUAUGGAAAAAGUUUCAGUCUUAAAGAAAUACGAACGUUAUGGAUUAUUAUUAAAACGAAUUAUUAAAAUAGUCAAAGAUUGUCAAGAAAAUAUCGGAAAUAAUUUUAAAAUAUCCGAGGACAUUGGGAAAAUAUAUAAAAUUACAUUUGGAAAAGAACCUAUAGUGAAAUGCGAUGAUUUAGUUAUUACCCAGGCUAUAACUACAAUACGUCAAGAUUUAAUGAAUUUACUUUUAAAGAAAGUCAAAGAGAUAGACUGCAACAUAUAUUUAGGAUGGGCAGAAUUAGAUGACACAGAAAAUCCAACGAUAACAUUACAAAAAGCAAUUGGAAAUGAAUGUUAUUAUUUGGUUGAAUUUUUUAAAGCCAAUAAGGAAUUAGCAGAGAAUGAACAUUUGAUAGAAUGCUUGCAACAAUUAUCCUCCAAACCGAUAUCUGAAGAGAUUAAUUCAGUUUUAACUUUGGAAGAAUUACGUUAUGGCACGGUACAAGGUAAAAAGGAAUGUGUUAAAGAAUUGAUCAGUCGAUACAAAGAAUGGGAUGAAACUAUAUUGAAUAGUAUGAAAGAAAUAUGGAAAAAAUCAUUAUUAGACAAAUAUGAUUGUUUAAAUUUACUGGAGUAUCUAACGUUCGUACUUAUUCAAGCAGGUAAUGAAGAUUAUCAACAACGCGUUUAUAUAUUUGUUACUGAAGUAUUGAUCCAUCAAAACUUGCAAUCCAUUUAUUCGAUCAUAGUAGAAUAUAUAACUAAACACGAUGGUAAAAAUUGUUUAGAAUCUUUAUACACGGAAGAAAUCUUCAAGGAUUUUAUCAUAAGACAUACGAAUAUGAAGUCGUUAAAAACAUUGAAAAUAAUUCUAAUGUUUCUUUUAAAGAGUCCAAAAAAGGUCUUAAGGAUUAUAUUAAGAAUAGCCAUAGGUUAUCCCGAAUAUGAAAACGUUAUGAUAUCAGCUCAGGAUAUGUUACUAUUAUCGCCAAUAAUGAAUAUAAGAGAAGACUCGAAUGAAACUUUUUUGAGUAGUACAUUAAAAACAAUAUGUUUGGAGAACGUAGAAUGGAACGUGAAAAAAUUCAAAGAUCUGUUAUUUAUCAUGGUCGAUAACAAGAUAUUGACGAUAGAAGACAUAAUAAACAAUAUUCUAUUAUGUUACUUAAAAGAAAAUGUAAGGAUAUUACGUAACACAAAUUGCAUUCUUAAUUGCUCAGCGAAAAUGUUAAACGAUGUAUGCGAUCAAUGGCAAUGGCAACAUAUUAUUGAUGGAUCAAUAAUAAAAAUAAACGCACGAAACUUACUUGUCCCUCUUGCACAAAUGAUGUCAUCGACGAGGAAACGAACGGACGUAUCGUAUUAUUUGAUUAACGACGUGAUCAAAGAAAUAAAUUCAAUGAUCUAUCACAUUUUGUUAUAUCAUACAAAUGAUUUCGAUUUAUCGAUAAAAAGGGCGAUCAUAGAGGAUUUAGAAAAUAUCUUAGAGCCAAUGGAAAAAAUAUAUUUUGUAUUACUUUGGCCACCAUUGCGAGAUGACUUUUAUCUAUCGCAUAACAUUUAUGAUUAUGAGAGACGUUGUUUCUUUAUUUUAAAUAUGAUCAAGGAUGAUCCAACGAUAUCAAAUGAAUUAAAAACAUUCUUUUCGAAUUUCUCACUUCUUCAUGAAGAUUUCUUACGUCAUAUGAUUCUACGUUCAACUAGUUUCGAAUAUUCUAUAUUGGCUAAGAAAUAUAUUGAAGAAAGUGUAUUCUCAUAUACUUUCAGAUCGAAAACUUUCAAUAACACAACUCCUUAUAACAAUUUCUUAUGUCUCACCGUAGAAGCCUGUUGUUUAAGCUUGGAAUAUCCUUCGUUAUUACCCAAACAUUCCUUUACCUUCAUAUUGAACAAUUGUAUUAAACUUUUACAAGAUUGUCUGAUCAAUGAGGAAUAUUAUGACAACAAUAUCACGGAAUUUUAUCAACACAUUAUUGAAAAUAUGCGUCCGCUCGUUGAAACUAUAAAAUUAUGUUGUUCACCGUCCUAUUCGUCAUUAUUUACGGAUUUUUUCGCACGUAUAAACAAUACCAAUAGCAAUAUAAACGACGAACAAAAUACGUCUGAAAUAAUGAAAAUUCAAACGAAAGAAUUUUUGGAUACGAUCGAAGGUUUCACGAAUCAGUGCGUGGAAUUCAAUGAGUCAUAUGAUCAAGUGAAUUUUCAAAAUCGAUCCUCGAAAAUGUCGAAAUAUCGUCUCAUUCAUUUAUUUAUUUCGGCAUGCAUUAAUGUACCAGUGUCGAAAGCGUACGAGUGUAUCGAAAUAAUGAAUAAUUUCUUAGCUUCCACGUAAUUUCAUUUUUCUCUCUUUCGUUCUUAUCUUUUUUUCUUUUUUUUUUUUUUUCUACCAUUUAAAUAUACCAUAUAUAAAUAAUUUUAUAUAUGUUCUUCUGUGCGAAAUAAAAAAUAUUUAUAUAAAGAUUAUUAUUCGACGAUAUUGGUAAUUAUUCCGCGAUUAUUAUCGUUAUUUGUGUGUGUGUGUGUGUGUGUGUGUGUGUGUGUGUGUGUCUGUCUGUCUGUCAUAUGCCUAUGUAUGAAACAUAUAAGAAAUUACUUUUCUUUAUAUCUUUUUUGUUUUUUUGUAACAUUGAUGGUUUCGCCAAAAAAAAAAAAGAGAGAAAAGAAAAAAAAAUGAGAAAUCAAGAUUAAAAUUUCAAUAUAAUUUGUUUUCAUUCCAUAUUAUAUUUGUGCGAUACUGCCAAAUGCCAUUACAAUGGUUAGUAAUAAAAACAUGUGAAAAAAUUGCGUACAAAGGAAAAAAAUGUGCACUAGUUACACAGAGAUAUAAAAAAAUUGAUCAAAUGGGUAGCACUUGCCGAAGGCGAUUAUAUAUAUAUAUAUAUACACACAUAUAUAUAUAUAUAUAUAUAUGUAUAUAUAUAUAUAUACUCUCUCGUUUUCUCAUGGAAACAUGUACAAUGUGUUUAUUUGUAUUUCAAUCCGAUUUUAAUAAACGUGUACAUAAUAUAUACAUACAUACGUACAUACACGUAUUAUAAUCGUUCCAUGUCGUGAUAUUUAAUGACGAACAUAUUGCUUGCACAAUUUUUAUAAUGACUAGAUAGUUAUGCUGGUAAUUAAUUGCUGUUGUGCGUUGUGUGCACGUAUGAUCUCACCACAAACGUUGCUUGCGAGUAAAAAUAAUUAUCCCGACAAAAAGAGUACAGAAUGAUUAUUUAUAAAAAGAAGAAUAAAAAAAAAAAAGGAAUAAAAUAAAAACAAUUAAAAAAAAAAUAAAAAGAAAAUAAUAAUAAUAAUAAUAAUAAUAAUAAUAAUAAUAAUAAUAAACAAAAAUUAAAAGAAAAUUGUAAAGACGAAAAGAAAUAUAGAGAAGUAGAGAUGGGGGUGGGGGUUUGGAAUGGAGGAAAUAAUAGAAAGAGAGGAAAAUGAUACAGAGAAAGGGAUAGAAUGACAUAAGUAUACUUAAAACUAUAUGAAAAAGCCUAACCUUAUAAGUUGUUGUUUUUAUACAAUUUUGUUAUCUCUUCUUCUUUCUUUUUUUUUUUCUUUUUUACCAGCGAGUCAAGCUAUUUUCUCUCUCAUUAUCUUUUUCUUUCUAUGGAGAAUCGGUUUAUUUUUCUUUUUUUUUUUUUUUUUUUUUUUUUUAAAUAUGUUCGCAUUACCAUAUCCAUCAUCAUAUAUCGCCAUCUUUUUUCUCGUCCACCCAUGUGAUCGUUUUUUUUUCUUUUUUUUUUUUCUGUUUUCGUUAUUCUUUCCUUUAUUUCUUUUUUUUUUUUUUUUAUUUUCUUUUCUUCCGGCA